AUGGCUGAUAACAAGGAAUACGAAGCUCACGACGUAGAGGGGUCGCACCCUCUUAUGGUGCAUGUUACGGCACCCACGUCCCUUCCAGAAGGCUAUUCAUUUGAAGCGGUUCUAGCAGACGGAACACCGUUCAGUUGCAAAGUGCCAGAAGGAGGAGUGGAAGAGGGCCAAACAUUUUGGGUUCCAUUGCCUUUGGAUAUUGAAACAAACAGAAUUUCCGCACCAACAGGAAGAUGGAAGGAUGGCCUUUUCGAUUUUCUGUCAUUAGGAUGCUUCCAUCCCUCGUUUCUUUGCGCUUGCUGCUGCUCCACAAUUUCCAUGGCUCAAAUCAUGACAAGGCUUCACCUGACUUGGCUGGGACUUCCCGGACCGCAAAUUGCAACAAAGAAUACAUUCAAAGUUGUUUUGAUGAUCCUUGCGGCUUACGUCGUAUAUUCUACUUCCUUGGAGUUGGCAUCGAUGCCAUAUGAUCCAGAGAAUCUCCCUCCAGUACUUUGGGCGUUGAAAUCUCUUGGAAGCACAGCAUUUUCGGUUUACAGCAUUUUUAGUCUUUGCAAUACUCGGAGAAGUGUUAGAAUUCAAUAUUCAAUUCCAGAACAGCAAUGCCAUGGUUACGAGGAUGUUGUAUGUGCCUGCUGCUGCACGUGCUGUGUGCUUGCUCAAAUGGCGCGUCAUACCGGAGAAUACGAAACCUAUCCAGGAAAAUUCUUGACCAAGACUGGACAUCCAGUUGGUACACCAUUGACAGUAUGA